AGUCCUCCUGUCUUUUCGCGCAGGUUUGACACCGACGGGGAGAACAACAUGGCGGGCGCAGGCGGCGUGACCGUGGAGGGAGACUUGAUGCGGUAUGCUGAAUACACACCGAAAACAAACGUUAGGAGCGAGGCGGAGAUUGACAGGCGUCUGGGUGGGACUCUGAUUGCAGUGGGACUUGGUGUGGCUGCUGCUGGCUUUGCAGGCCGCUAUGCGUUCCAGCUGUGGAAACCUCUCGGACAGAUGUUCUCUGACACUGUGAAGAAGAUGCCCACCUCAGCUUUCUCAUCUUAUUACAAAGGAGGUUUUGAGCAGAAGAUGACCAGACGGGAGGCAAGCCUCAUCCUUGGCAUCAGCCCAACAAGUACCAAGACGAAGGUGCGAGACGCCCAUCGGAGGAUCAUGGUCCUAAACCACCCAGAUAAAGGUGGAUCUCCGUACCUUGCUGCCAAAAUCAAUGAGGCCAAAGACCUUUUGGACAAGGAGACCAGGCGAUGAGGCGGACACUCACAACAGUUACAGACUCUCAUCAUCCGUCCAUGAUCUCAGUCAUCAUUCCUGCCCUGAGCAGCACAGCUGAAGCUCUGUCCGGACGGCUCAGCACUCAGGCCUUUUACGUAGAGAAUGGCAAAGAGUACCACAACAGUUCCCCUCUGACUACGUCUCCAUGCUCAGAGAAUGCUCCUCUUAAAGGUUAAUACCUGUUAUUUUACAUGCAUACAUACAUGUUACUUUACAUCUAGAAAAUAUCACUUGUAGGCCAGGAUGUCUCUGUAGCACCAUAAUACUUAUAUAUAUUUACAACAUUAUUUUGUCACACAUUUUACCUUUAUCAAAAAGUAGCCCCUGCUGUUUGGACAUAGCACUUGGCCAUAUUGCGAUUUCAGUAAUAUUUUGAUUAGCUGUCCAGCCCUAACAGCUGCUUUUAUUGCACAGGACCAAUGGGACUUUCCAGACAUCAAAAAAUAUAGAUCCACACACUUUAUCUCAUAAAUAACUACAAGAAAUAAAUGACAACAGUUACAGGCAAACAAAACAGCUCAGUACAAAUGUUUUGUUCUGUUUGUGUUUGUCUGACUGGUAUACAUAGUACUCCAAUAUCUGCAAGUUUCAGGCAGUGUGUACUGAAAAUAGUGGGUAUAAUGUACUGUAGUAUGACUGUCAUUUUAACCCUUAUUGUAGAGGUGUUCAUUUCUUCUUCGCCCUUUAUUUCCAUAAAGGAGGAAGAAGAAAUAAAAGGGUAAUUGAUCCAGGAGGGAGCCAGGCAUGUUUUACAUGGAUCCAUGCCUGUGUGGUGGUACACUCCUGAUUUAAGAAACUCAUCUGAAAAUGUUUUUGUGCUGUACAAAGACCUAUAAAUUAUUGUAGGCUGUAAUUUAUAUAUAGAACCACAGGGUAACAAAUUCAAGUGUCUUGACAUUAAUGAAGUAUUCCCUGUGAAUGUGAAAAUAAACAUAAUAAAAUUUAAAAAACUGG